AUGUCAAAUUUAUCAAAGCUUGAGUUCGUGGCACUUGACAUUUCUGAAAAUAAUUACUUAUCAUGGGUACUCGAUGCUAAAAUUCACCUUGACGCUAAAGGUCAUGGUGCCACUAUUACUAAUGGUAAUACAACGUUGAGUCAAGACAUAGUAAAGGCAAUGAUUUUCCUUCGUCAUCAUCUGGAUGAACGAUUGAAGGUUGAAUACCUUACGGUGAAUGAUCCACUUGAAUUAUGGACUGGUUUGAAGGAAAGGGGAUUCAAAAAAUAUUUUGAGUUGAUCUCAUGCCUUCUUGUGGCUGAGCAACAUAAUACUCCUUUAUUGAAAACCCAUGAGGCCCGUCCCACGGGAACUGCUCUGUUAUUGGAAGCAAAUAAGGUUGAAGCACAUGGCCAGUCUAAAGAAGACAAAAUACAAAUCAGGGCCAAAAUAAUGUGUGGACGUGGCAAUGGCAGAGGACGAUAUAAUAAUCGUUGUCGUGGUGGUCGCCACAAAAGGGAGAACAAUAUGGGUUCUCAAAGCAAUCCUUCAAGAGGCAAUCAUCGUCGUUGUGGCAUGAAAGAGCAUUGGAAGAAUGAAUGCAGAGCAGCUGAGCAUUUUGUUAGACUUUAUCAAGAUUCUUUGAAAAGAAAAGGAAAUAAAAAUGGUGCAUCUUCUUCUAAUGCUCGGGUAGAGUCACACUUGUCUUAUAAAAAUGAUGUCGAGGCAGGGCCUUCACAAAAAUAUGAUGACAAUAUUGAAGAAAAUUUGGCUUUAAAAGAUGAUGAUUUUGAUGACCUUGAUGAUAUUACUCAUUUGGAAGUUGAAGACUUCUUUGGAGAUCAAAACUAA